AUGAGACGCAGCAAGGCGGACGUGGAGCGGUACAUCGCUUCGGUGCAGGGGUCUGCCCCGUCGCCCCGAGAAAAGUCAAUGAAAGGAUUCUAUUUUGCAAAGCUGUACUAUGAAGCUAAAGAAUAUGAUCUUGCUAAAAAAUACAUAUCUACAUAUAUUAAUGUGCAAGAGAGGGAUCCAAAGGCUCACAGAUUUUUAGGUCUUCUUUAUGAAGUGGAGGAAAACAUUGAUAAAGCUGUCGAAUGUUACAAGCGUUCAGUGGAAUUAAACCCAACACAAAAAGAUCUUGUAUUGAAGAUUGCAGAAUUGCUUUGUAAAAAUGAUGUUACUGAUGGAAGAGCAAAAUACUGGGUUGAAAGAGCAGCAAAACUUUUUCCAGGAAGUCCUGCAAUUUAUAAACUAAAGGAACAGCUUUUAGAUUGUAAAGGUGAAGAUGGAUGGAAUAAACUUUUUGACUUGAUUCAGUCAGAACUGUAUGCAAGACCCGAUGAUGUCCAUGUGAAUAUCCGACUAGUAGAACUGUAUCGGUCAGAUAAAAGACUAAAGGACGCUGUGGCCCAUUGCCACGAGGCAGAGAAAAGCUUAGCUCUGCGUUCAAGUCUGGAAUGGAAUUCGUGUGUUGUGCAGACCCUGAAGGACUAUCUGGAAUCUCUACAGUGUUUGGAGUCUGAUAAAAGUAACUGGCGAACAACCAUUAGAGACUUUCUUCUGGCGUAUGCUAACCUUAUGUUUCUUACACUUUCCACCAGAGAUGUGCAGGACUGUAGGGAAUUACUGGAGAGUUUUGAUAGUGCUCUUCAGUCUGUGAAAUCUUCUGUGGGUGGCAAUGAUGAACUCUCAGCUACGUUCAUAGAAGUGAAAGGUCAUUUCUACAUGCAUGCUGGUUCUCUGCUCUUAAAGAUGGGUCAGCAUAGUGACGUCCAGUGGCGAGCACUCUCGGAGCUGGCUGCAUUGUGCUAUCUCUUAGCAUUUCAGGUUCCAAGACCCAAGAUUAAACUAAUAAAAGGAGAAGCUGGACCAAAUCUAUUGGACAUGAUGGCUUGUGAUCGUCUGAGCCAAUCAGGGCACAUGCUGCUAAACUUAAGUUCUGGCAAGCAAGAUUUUCUAAAGGAGGUCGUGGAGUCCUUUGCCAAUAAGAGUGGGCUGUCUGCUUUAUAUGACGCUCUGUUUUCUGGUCAGUCCUCUAAGGACAGCUCUUUCCUGGGUAGUGACGACAUUGGGGACAUUGAUGAGCAAGCACCGGCUCCUGAGGAUUUGGCUAGAUAUGAUGCUGGAGCCAUUCGAGCACAUAGUGGUAGUCUUCAGCACCUUACCUGGCUUGGCUUACAGUGGAAUUCACUGCCUACCUUGCCUGCAGUUCGAAAAUGGUUAAAACAGCUGUUUCAUCAUUUGCCCCAGGAAACCUCAAGGCUUGAAACAAAUGCCCCUGAAUCAAUAUGUAUUUUAGAUCUUGAAGUAUUUCUACUUGGAGUAAUAUAUACAAGCCACUUACAAUUAAAAGAGAAAUGCAAUUCUCACUACAGUUUCUAUCAGCCGCUCUGCUUACCGUUUCCUGUGUGUAAACAGCUUUGUACAGAAAGACAGAAAUCUUGGUGGGAGGCAGUUUGUAAUCUGAUUCACAGAAAAGCAAUACCUGGAACCUCGGCGAAAUUGCGACUUGUAGUUCAGCAUGAAAUAAACACUCUGAGGGCGCAGGAGAGGCACGGCCUUCACCCUGCUCUGCUGAUACACUGGGCGAAAUGUCUGCAGAAAACGGGCAGCGAGCUUAAUUCUUUUUAUGAUCAGCGGGAAUACAUAGGCAGAAGUGUUUAUUACUGGAAGAAAGUAUUACCAUUGUUGAAGACAAUCAAAAAGAACACCAGUAUUUCUGAACCCACGGAUCCUUUGUUCAAACAUUUUCAUAGUGCAGACAUACAGGUCGUUGAAAUUGGUGACUAUGAAGAAGAAGCACAGCUGACGUUUGCUCUGUUGGAUGCAGUUAAUGGGAAUCUCGAAGAUGCUGUGGCAGCUUUUGAAUCGAUCAAAAGCGUAGUUUCAUACUGGAAUCUUGCACUGAUUUUUCAUAGGAAAGCAGAAGACAUUGAAAAUGAUGCCCUUUCUCCUGAAGAACAAGAAGGAUGUAAAAAUUAUUUGCGAAAGACCAGGGACCAUCUAAUCAAGAUUUUAGACGGUAGUGACGCAGAUCCAUCAGUGAUUAAGAAAUUACCUGUGCCUCUGGAGUCUGUAAAGGAGAUGCUUAAUUCUGUUAUGCAAGAACUUGAAGACUAUAGCGAAGGAGGUCUGCUCUAUAAAAACGGUUCUGUAAGAAAUGUAGAUUCAGAAAUAAAACAUUCUACACCAUCUCCCUCCAAAUAUUCUCUAUCACCAAGUAAAACUUACAAGUAUUCUCCUAAAACCCCACCUCGAUGGGCAGAAGAUCAAAAUUCUAUACUGAAAAUGAUCUGCCAACAAGUAGAAGCUAUUAAGAAAGAAAUGCAGGAGCUGAAACUAAACAGCAGUAACGCAGCAUCUCCUCAUCGUUGGCCCCCAGAGAAUUAUGGAGCUGACUCAGUGCCUGAUGGAUACCAGGGGUCACAGACUUUUCCUGGGGCUCCUCUAACAGUUGCAACUACUGGCCCUUCAGUGUAUUAUAGUCAGUCACCAGCAUAUCAUUCCCAGUGUCUUCUCAGACCAGCAGCUAAUGUUACUCCCACCAAGGGUCCAGUUUAUGGUGUGAAUAGGCUCCCACCUCAGCACCACAUUUACGCCUACCCACAACAAAUGCACACCCCUCCACUGCAGAGCUCGGCCGCUUGCAUGUUCUCUCAAGAGAUCUAUGGCCCUCCCCUGCGUUUUGAAUCGCCUGCAACAGGAAUUUUAUCACCCAGGAGUGAUGAUUACUUUAAUUACAACGUUCAACAGACAAACACAAAUCCACCUUUGCCUGAACCAGGCUAUUUCACAAAACCUCCAGUUGCACCUCCCACUUCAAGAACGACAGAAUCUAAGGUUAUUGAGUUUGGAAAAUCUACCUUUGUUCAGCCUGUUUCAGGUGACGGAAUAAGGCAGUCUUUGACGGCAGCAGCACAUACAACACAGCCAACUCCUUUUAAAUUUAACUCGAAUUUCAAAUCAAAUGAUGGCGACUUCACAUUUUCCUCACCCCAGGCCGCAGCACAGCCGUCGUCCACAGCUUACAGUCAUAGUGAGAGUCUUCUGGGCCUCCUGACUUCAGAUAAACCUCUGCCAGGGGAUGCCCAUAGUGGACCCAAACCGAUAUCUGGCCAGUCCAUUGAAACUCGAAACACAUUCAGUUUUGGAAACAAAAAUGUAUCUGGAACUUCAUUUACGGACAGCAUGGGACCAAAUCAGCACAAGAAUUCUAGUUUUCGUCGAAGUGAUGAUAUGUUCACUUUCCACGGUCCAGGCAAAUCAGUAUUUGGAACUCCUACUCCUGAGUUAGCGACCAAGCCUCAUGAAGCUGACGGAGGCAGUGCCCAUGGCGAUGACGAUGACGAUGGACCUCACUUCGAGCCUGUGGUGCCUCUUCCUGAUAAGAUCGAAGUGAAAACUGGGGAGGAAGAUGAGGAGCAAGUCUUCUGCAAUCGUGCCAAAUUGUUCCGCUUUGAUGCAGACUCCAAAGAGUGGAAAGAACGAGGCAUUGGCAACGUGAAAAUCCUCAGGCACAAGACAUCUGGUAAAAUCCGCUUGCUGAUGCGGCGAGAGCAGGUGCUGAAGAUCUGUGCAAACCACUACAUAAGCCCAGAUAUGAAGCUUACACCAAACGCUGGCUCAGACAGGUCUUUUGUGUGGCAUGCGCUUGAUUAUGCAGAUGAAUCACCAAAGCCGGAACAACUUGCUAUUAGAUUCAAAACUCCGGAGGAAGCAGCACUUUUUAAGUGCAAGUUUGAAGAGGCCCAGAGCAUUCUGAAAGCCUCAGGAACCAAGGCAGCCACACCAACCAGUCAGACCGCCCGAAUUGUAAAAGAACCCACAAGUCGUGAUAACAAGGAUAUUUGCAAACCGGAUGCUGGACAUUUGAAUUUUGAUUUUCAAAUUACAAAGAAAGAAGGGUCUUGGUGGCUUUGUAAGAGCUGCUCACUCAAGAAUGCCGCAACAGCUAAGCAGUGUGUGUCGUGCCAAAAUCUAAACCCAAAUAAUAAAGAACUCGUUGGCCCACCAUUAGUUGAAACUGUUCCCACUUUUAAAACAGGCCUAGAAAGUACUCAAGAUAGAUUUGCUCUGAUGACUCCAAAGAAGGAAGGCCACUGGGAUUGUCGUAGUUGUUUAAUCAGCGGUGAGCCCACUGCAUCUAGGUGUGUGGCGUGCCAGAACACAAAGUCGGGCAGCAAAAAUGAAUCUUCCUUUGUUCAGCCAUCUUCCUUUAAAUUUGGUCAGGAAGAUCUUCCUAAGUCUGUUAGCAGCGAUUUCAGGUCACCCUUUUCAACUAAGAAAGGACAGUGGGAUUGUAGUGCGUGCUUUGCUGUAAAUGAAGGAAGCACGGCCAAAUGUGUUAGCUGCCAGAACCCUAAAAACCAGAGCCAAUCCACUUAUGUUCUGACACCUGUCUCUUUUACAAGCGAGGCUCCAAAGAGUAGUUUUGAGGACAUGUUUGCUAAAAAGGAGGGGCAGUGGGAUUGCAGUGUGUGCCUCGUGCAAAACGAACCCAGUGCCACCAGCUGUGUGGCUUGUCAGAGUCCUUGUCAACAGCCCCAGGCUAGUUCUGCGGUCCCAGCACCGGCCUCUCUCAAGUUUGGUACUUCAGAGCUGAGCAAGACCCCAAAGACUGGAUUUGAAGGAAUGUUCACCAAGAAGGAGGGGCAGUGGGAUUGCAGUGUGUGCCUUGUGCAAAACGAAGCCAGUGCUGCCACAUGCGUGGCUUGUCAGAGUCCUUGUCAACAGCCCCAGGCUAGUUCUACGGUCCCAGCACCUGCCUCUUCAGAGACAAGCAAGGUUCCAAAGAGUGGAUUUGAAGAGUUCUUCACCAAGAAGGAAGGACAGUGGGAUUGCAGUGUAUGUCUGGUGCGAAACGAAGCCAGUGCUGCCACGUGCGUGGCUUGUGAGACCUCUAAACCAACUCAGAGCCCGAGCGCAGAAAGUUCUUCUGCUUUCACGUUGAGUGCGAAACUUAAGUUAAACGGCUUGUCUGGAAGUCAGAUAGGAACAGGAUUUAAAACAGACUUUUUAGAUAAAGGUUUUCAAUUUGGCAGUACAGCGCAAGGUUUUAAAUUUGGACAUGUGAGUCAAGAAAAUGUACCCUCAUUUACAUUUCAGAGUUCUAAUACAGAAUCAAAGUCACCAAAAGAAGGAUUUAAUUUUUCCAUCCCUGUCUCUGCUGAUGGAUUUAAAUUUGGCAUUCAGGAGCCAGGAAACUUAGAGAAGAAAAGUGAAGAACAUGAAAAGCUCUUUGAAAACACCAGUGGUUUCCUGGCCCACGAUGCUAGUAACCAGAAGAGUGGAAGUGGUUUGGUUUUUGGUCAGGCUGGUACCACUUUUACCUUUGCAGACCUUGCAAAAUCAACCUCAGGAGAAGGAUUUCAAUUUGGCAAAAAAGAUCCCAAUUUUAAGGGAUUUUCAGGUGCUGGAGAAAAAUUAUUUUCAUCACAGGGUAGCAGAAUGGUUGAUAAAGUGCAUACUUGUGCUGACCUCGAGAAAGACGAUGAUGCCUACAAGACUGAGGACAGUGAUGACAUCCAUUUUGAACCCGUAGUUCAGAUGCCUGAGAAAGUGGAACUUGUAACAGGGGAAGAAGAUGAGAAAGUUCUCUACUCGCAACGGGUCAAGUUAUUUAGAUUUGAUGCUGAGAUAAGUCAGUGGAAAGAAAGAGGCUUAGGGAACUUAAAAAUCCUCAAAAACGAAGUCAAUGGCAAACUAAGAAUGUUGAUGCGAAGAGAACAAGUGCUAAAGGUCUGUGCGAAUCAUUGGAUAACUACCACCAUGAAUCUGAAGCCCCUCUCGGGCUCUGAUAGAGCCUGGAUGUGGUUAGCGAGUGAUUUUUCUGAUGGUGAUGCCAAACUAGAGCAAUUAGCAGCAAAAUUUAAAACACCAGAGCUGGCUGAAGAAUUCAAGCAGAAAUUUGAAGAAUGUCAGAGACUUCUGUUAGACAUACCGCUCCAGACUCCCCAUAAACUGGUUGACACUGGGCGCUCUAGGUCGAUACAGAGAGCUGAGGAGAUAAAGAGUGGCCUGAAAGAUUUAAAAACAGUUUUGACAAAUUAUCAAGCAAAAGCCACUGAUGCAGAGAGUACGAGUUCAGGUUCAGGUGCUGUGAGCGUUUCAGGCAAACCAAUGCCGCCAAACCCUGAGAGCACGGGGCCCUCGCUUGAGUGGGAUAACUAUGACUUACGGGAAGACGCUCUGGACGACAGCGUGAGCAGCAGCUCAGUACACGCUUCUCCGGUGGCGAGUAGUCCUGUGAGGAAAAAUCUUUUCCGCUUCGGUGAGUCAACAACGGGAUUCAACUUCAGUUUCAAAUCUGCUUUGAGCCCAUCUAAGUCUCCUGCCAAGCUGAAUCAGAGUGGAACUUCGGUUGGCAUGGAUGAAGAAUCUGAUGUUACUCAAGAAGAAGAGAGAGAUGGACAGUAUUUUGAGCCUGUUGUACCUUUACCUGAUCUAGUCGAAGUAUCUAGUGGUGAAGAAAAUGAGCAAGUUGUUUUUAGUCACAGAGCAAAACUCUAUAGGUAUGAUAAAGAUGUUGGCCAGUGGAAAGAAAGGGGCAUUGGCGAUAUAAAGAUUUUGCAGAACUAUGAUAACAAGCAAGUUCGCAUCGUGAUGAGAAGAGACCAGGUGUUAAAACUUUGUGCCAAUCACAGAAUAACUCCAGACAUGACUCUGCAAAAUAUGAAAGGGACAGAAAGAGUGUGGGUGUGGACUGCAUGUGAUUUUGCGGAUGGAGAGAGAAAAAUAGAACAUUUAGCUGUUCGAUUCAAACUCCAGGAUGUUGCAGACUCAUUUAAGAAUAUUUUUGAUGAAGCAAAAUUAGCCCAAGAAAAAGAUGCUUUGAUAACACCUCACGUUUCUCGUUCGUCUACUCCCAGAGAGUCACCGUGUGGCAAAAUUGCCGUUGCUGUCUUAGAGGAAACCACGAGAGAGAGGACAGAUGUAGUUCAGGGUGACGAGACAGCAGCUGCACCUUCAGAAGUGGAAGUGGCCAACCCCUCUGAAAUGACAACAAAAGCGGUGGUUUCUCCUCCAAAGUUUGUCUUUGGUUCAGAGUCUGUCAAAAGCAUUUUUAGUACUGAAAAAUCCAAGCCAUUUGCAUUUGGCAAUAGUUCCGCCACUGGCUCUUUGUUUGGGUUUAGUUUCAAUGCACCUUUGAAAAGUAACAGUAAUAGCGAAUCUACUGCAGUAGCCCCUAGUGGACCAGAACGAAAAGUGGAAUCCGACAAACGUGGCCCAUCAAAGGACUCUGAUGCCCACCCGUCUUCAGAUCGCAGAGCAAGAAACCUCUCGGCUUCCUCUGCCAAGGAAGAAUCCUCCACUAACUACACACUGAAAACACCAGAAAAAGCAAAGGAGAAGGCAAAGCCAGAAGACCCUCCUUCAGAUGACGAGGUUCUCAUUGUGUAUGAACUAACCCCAACCCCCGAGCAGAAAGCCCUUGCAAGCAAACUUAAACUUCCCCCAACGUUCUUCUGCUAUAAGAAUAAACCAGAUUAUACCAGCGAGGAAGAAGAUGACGACGAAGAUUUUGAAACAGCUGUGAAGAAAUUGAAUGGAAAACUGUAUUUGUGUGACUCAGAAAAAUGUAGGCCAUCUGAAGAAGAUCAAGCGGAUAAUGAGGAAGAAUGUGUUAUUGUUUGGGAAAAGAAACCAACACUUGAAGAGAAAGCAAAAGCAGAUGCAUUACAGCUCCCACCCACUUUUUUCUGUGGCUUGCGCAGUGACACCGAGGAGGACAGUGGAAAUGGGGAAGACUUCCAAUCAGAGUUCCAGAAAGUUCAGCAAGCUCAAAAAUCACACAGUGAGCAGCUGACUGGAGUCCCUGAAGUGACCAGCAUGGCUGUUGGUGUGUGUCCAGGUGGGGCUGGAGGCACGCUUCUGCUGUCCUGUCAAUCUAAAGAACCUGAUUCCACGACCAACCUUGUUAGUGCAGCAUCUCUUUGUUCUGGAACUGAGGAAAACCCUGUGGAUUUGUCUACUAAAAAGGAACCUGCUACAGAGUCUACAAACCAAGUAGAAAGCAAACCAGUUGUCUUUGGGUUUGGAAACAGCCCGGGACUAUCAUUUGCAGACUUGGCUUCCACUACUUCUGGGGAGUUUGCUUUUGGUUCUAAAGAUAAAAAUUUCCAGUGGGCAAAUACUGGGGCAGCUGUUUUUGGAACACAGUCAACCAAUAAAGUUGGUGAAGAUGAAGAUGGUAGUGAUGAAGAUGUUGUUCAUAAUGAAGAUAUUCAUUUUGAGCCAAUAGUGUCAUUACCAGAGGUAGAAGUAAAAUCUGGAGAAGAAGAUGAAGAAAUUUUAUUUAAGGAGAGAGCCAAGCUCUAUCGUUGGGAUCGAGAUGCCAGUCAGUGGAAAGAACGUGGCGUUGGGGAUAUAAAGAUUCUUUGGCACACGAUGAAGAAUUAUCACCGAAUCUUAAUGAGAAGAGACCAGGUGUUUAAAGUGUGUGCAAACCAUGUUAUUACCAAAACAAUGGAACUGAAACCCUUAAAUGCUUCCAAUAAUGCUUUAGUCUGGACUGCUUCAGAUUAUGCCGAUGGAGAACCAAAAGUGGAGCAGCUCGCAGUGAGAUUCAAAACCAAAGAAAUGGCAGAUGGUUUUAAAAAAAAAAUUGAAGAAUGUCAACAGAAUUUAUUGAAACUUCACAAAGGACAGGUAUCACUUCCAGCAGAAUUAUCCAAGGAAACAAAUCCUGUGGUAUUUUUUGAUGUUUGUGCAGAUGAGGAACCUCUUGGACGUGUAAUCAUGGAAUUAUUUUCCAACAUUGUUCCUCGCACCGCUGAGAAUUUCAGAGCAUUGUGCACUGGAGAGAAGGGCUUUGGCUUCAAGAACUCCAUUUUCCACAGAAUAAUUCCAGAUUUUGUUUGCCAAGGGGGCGAUAUUACCAAACAUGAUGGAACAGGAGGACGGUCCAUUUAUGGAGAUAACUUUGAAGAUGAAAAUUUUUAUGUGAAACAUACUGGUCCUGGCUUACUCGCAAUGGCCAAUCGGGGCCGGGAUACUAAUAAUUCUCAGUUUUUCAUAACAUUGAAAAAAGCAGAACAUUUGGACUUUAAGCAUGUAGUGUUUGGGUUUGUUAAGGAAGGCAUGGAUACUGUGAAAAAGAUGGAAUCGUUCGGCUCUCCUAAAGGGUUGGUUAGGCGAAGAAUUCGUAUCACAGAAUGUGGACAGAUAUAA